AUGUUGAUAUCAAUUUUUAUUUUCUCAAUAUUUCCCAUCUGCAGUUCAAAUGAACUAGUCAAACAAUUGAACAGAUUACCAAAGGUUGAAAAAUACUCAGGAAUUUUUGUCAAAAAUGGUUCGAAUAAUUCGUGGAUCAGACAAUUGGAUAGUCCAAUAGUUUGGACAUUGCUCAAAUUCCAAUUUGCAAUUCUAAAUGGAUCAUUUCAUCUGGAUUUUGAUCGAGAAUACGAUACUGAGGAAUUUUGGUUCACCGCUGAUUAUCAUCGUGGACGUGAAUGUCAACAAUUCAAAAUGUUAGGGAGAAAUGGAUUAAUAUAUGAUUGGAAACCGAUAAGCAGAUGUUCUCCUUUUCCUCCUCCGCCAAAAGUUCACCGUAAUACUUUCAAUUUCACAAUGGGAAAAACUAUAUUGAAAACAUUUGUGGAUUCUUUAAAUUUAAAAACUUUUGAAGAGCUCAGUCAGUAUUACGAUGUUGAUGUAUCUUUCGCGGCGAAAACUCCACUUACAACAAAAGAGUACUUUAUGCGAGAUUGGUCAACGGAAAGGUAUACUAGAGAACAACUUAAACUACAAGAUUGUUUUCCGCAUCAACAGUAUGUACGAAUAGUAAAAUGGUCUCUUAAACAUUUUGUAGAAAACGAGAAAACAAAAGAUUUUGAAAUAUAUGAUCCUAUUCUUGAAGAAGUUUGUCAACCGUGGGAGAAUAUAAAUGGUCUCAACAAAAAAUUAGCUUAUUUGGUAGUUAGACACAAAAUUAGAUAUUAUUGGAUUAUCCCUAAAACAUUCAAAUCAAAAAUUUGGUUCAGAAUAAAUUCAACAACUAAUGCCUAUCGAUUUACUACGAUAACCAGAGAAUGUGCAGUCGAUGAUUAUCCAUCUUGUGAUGUAGACCCUCUUGAUUGUCAUUUUAUCACACCUGUAACCGAUCCACCACGUGAUAGAUUUGAAGAAUUAAAUCAGGAUUAUUCAAAUAUAUCUCCAAAUUGUGAAAAAGAAUGA